AGUUCCUGAGCACUGAGUUUGGGGCCUUUGAAGGAUUUAGGGAAUCAUCAUGAUUUGGGAGCUCUCAGCUUUACAAGACUCGGAGAAAACCUUUCGGAGGAGCCACUGCCAAUUUUCAAAAUGUGUGAAGAGUAUUUCAUUUGAUGUCUGAAGGAUCCUUCAACCUCAUUUCUGAACAAUGGGAGAGUCUGGAACACAGAUGUGUACUUUUACUUUGGAACCUUUACUAUGAACCAUGGAGGACAACAGUCCAUUUCUGACCCCUGAGUACAAUGACAGCACCACCGUGUGGGCGCUGAUGCCAUCAGCUCCCAGCAGACAGCUGGGCACCCUUCCCAACCCACAGACACGCUUUAAGGAUUUGACAGGGAUAUUUUUCAUGGUGACCCUGAAUGUUCUGGCACUUCUGGCCAACACUGCUGUUUUGGUUGUUGUCAUUAAAGCACCUCAUCUCAGGAAAUUUGCCUUUGUGUGCCACCUGUGUGCAGUGGACCUGCUGUGUUCCAUCUUGCUCAUGCCCCUCGGGAUUGUGUCCAGCUCUCCGUACUUUGCUGGUGUGGUGUUCACUGUGCUGGAGUGCCAGGUGUACGUCUUCCUCAAUGUAACCCUCAUAGCUGCCUCUAUCUUCACCAUCACAGCCAUCAGUGUGGAGCGUUACUACUACAUUGUCCACCCCAUGCACUAUGAGGUCAAGAUGACGCUGAAGCUGACUGCUGCCGUGAUAGUGAUAGCGUGGGUGGCCUCUGCCGUGCUGGGGUUGUCCACAGUCUUUGGGUGGCAGUCCUACGGCAGCCUGAGCUCCAUCAGUGCUGCACACUGCUCGCUGCAUUGGAGCCACAAUGACCACAGACAAGUCUUCUCGGUGCUCUUUACUGUCACCUGUUUCUGCCUGCCUGCUGUUGUGAUUUUUGGUGUCUACUGUAAUGUGUACAAGGUGGCCCGUAUGGCUGCCCGCCAGCAUGGACCUCUGCCCUUGUGGACAAACAGUCAACUGAAGCAUCGCUCUGACUCAAUAAACAGCCAGACUACCAUCAUCACAACACGCAACGCCCCCCGUCGGAUUAUGCGUGAGCGCACGUUUGGUGGAGGUAAAGCCGCUUUCACUCUGGUGGUUAUUGUUGGCCAGUUUCUGAUCUGCUGGUUGCCUUACUUUGCCUUCCACCUUCAUAUGACACUAGAUCCAUCACCCAAGAUUCCUGAUGACCUGGAGGAUGCAGUCACCUGGCUGGCAUAUUCUUCCUUUGCUAUUAACCCAUUUUUUUAUGGGCUUCUUAACCGGCAGAUCAGGGAGGAACUUUGUAAGGUCAGGCGCUGCUACUCCGCCCGACCACUCGAGCUGGCUGUCUCCAGCCAUGAGGGCUCAGGCAACGAAAACUUCCUGCAGUUCCUCCAUAGGACCAGCUGCACAAUAGAGACACGUGCAAGUUUUGCCAUAUCCAGUCCUCAAAGCACUCUGGAUCAAGCUGGGCAAACUGGUUUCAGGAUACCAGGACAGAUCCCAGAAGAGUUCAAUUAGAUACCUCACUGUUGUGCCACAGCAUUAGUAGCCUGUAGGGAUAUUACCAUUAGCAACAAGAUAAAAAAUGAUCCACAGGGGUUAACAGUAGUGACUGUUGCAAUAUGUCUGUAAACUUUAUUUACAUACAGUAAAAGCUAAGAUACUGC